AUGGCGAUGAUUGGUGAUGGAAUGGAUGUCCAAUCUCCAUGGGUUUGGAACUAUAAAAUUUUGAUGGGUUUGCGAGAUGAUGACGGUGAAGUUUCUUCUGGUAGUGAUAACUUGGAUAAGGAGAUGAUGGAGGUUGUUGUGGAUGUUUCACUUGCUCCAGAUAAUAGUGAUAGUGAUAGUGAUAGUGAUAGUGAGAGUGAUAGUGAGAGUGAUAGUGAUAGUGACAGUGACAGUGAUAGUGAUAGUGAUAGUGACAGUGACAAUGAUAGUGAUAGUGAUAGUGAUAGUGAUAGUGAUAAUGAUAGUGAUAGUGAUAGGGAUAGGGAUAGGGAUAGUGAUAGGGACAAUGAUAGUGAUAGUGAUAGUGAUAGUGAUAGUGAUAGUGAUAGUGAUAGUGAUAGUGAUAGUGAUAGUGAUAGUGAUAGUGAUAGUGAUAGUGAUAGUGAUAGUGAUAGUGAUAGUGAUAGCGAUAGCGAUAGCGAUAGGGAUAGUGAUAGUGAUAGGGAUAGUGAUAGUGAUAGUGAUAGUGAUAGUGAUAGUGAUAGUGAUAGUGAUAGUGAUAGUGAUAGUGAUAGUGAUAGUGAUAGUGAUAGUGACAGUGACAAUGAUAGUGAUAGUGAUAGUGACAGUGACAGUGACAAUGAUAGUGAUAGUGAUAGUGAUAGUGAUAGUGAUAGUGAUAGUGAUAGUGAUAGUGAUAGUGAUAGCGAUAGUGAUAGCGAUAGGGAUAGUGAUAGCGAUAGUGAUAGCGAUAGUGAUAGUGAUAGUGAUAGUGAUAGUGAUAGUGAUAGUGAUAGUGAUAUGUUUGCAGAGGAGUCGAUUUUGGCAGAGCCAAAAUUACAUGCUAGAUAA